GGAAGCCGACUUGACCAUGUGUCGGGCGUGAUGAGGACCCCCGAGAACUUGGAGGAGCCUAGCGCCCCGCCAAACUCCAGCAGGACCCCCAAGGAGAGGUUCGUUUAUCUGGAAGCGCUCCUGGAGGGAGGGGCUCCCUGGGGCUUCACCCUGAAAGGUGGCCUGGAGCAUGGAGAACCGCUAAUCAUUUCCAAGAUCGAAGAAGGAGGGAAAGCUGAUUCGGUGAGCUCCGGACUGCAAGCAGGGGACGAAGUCGUGCGCAUCAAUGAGGUGGCGCUGAACAGUUCCAGGAGGGAGGCUGUCUCCCUGGUGAAAGGGUCCUACAAAACCCUCCGGCUGGUGGUGCGUAGUUUCCGAGGUAAUAUUGGCUUGUUACAGAGGAGCUUCGCUGUCCUUGCUAAAGUCUAG